GCAAUAAAAUACUCGUCUGCUGAGAAUCGCAGUCUGGAAGGGAUGGUGGUGAUUUAACAAAAGAAUUCUCUAAAAUGUUCCCCGGUGCUAAUACUGUUCUUAAUCAUGUGAAGAGGUUUUGCCAGGAAGAGGAAUAAAACCAUCAAUUGGAUUUAAAAAGAAAAAAAAAAAAGAAAAUAGGCACAGGAUGGUUUUUUAAGGCACGCAGGGGGAAAAAUGACCUUUACGACAGUUUUGUCAUUUUCAAAAAAAUGCCUCAUUCUCUGAAUUUCCCCAGCCAGGCAAGGUUGUUAUAAAUGGUAGGUAGGGAAAGCAGAGUGUGGCAAUAAAGGGGUUAAUCCACGGAGCACAGAGCCAUCUGGCUGAGCUGGUUUGUUAUAAUCGAGCAGAUUAUGUUCACGGGACUCAGAGUUUAAGGCUCCUCUCCCACAGAGCAACUCUGCACAACCCAAGCAGACCAACUUUGGGACUUUGAAUGAACGUAUUUACAUCCACCUUUCUCUUCAUGUCGACUUUUCUGGAAACAUUCACACGGAUGCCAUGGUUACUCCUACCACGAUCUUACAGGUGAACAAGGUGAUGUCCAUCUUGUUUUAUGUGAUAUUUCUCGCUUACCUUCGUGGCAUCCAGUCUUCCAACAUGGAUCAAAGGAGCUUGCCAGAAGAUUCGAUAAAUUCUCUUAUUAUUAAACUCAUUCAGGCAGACAUUUUAAAAAACAAGCUUUCUAAGCAGAUGGUAGACAUUAAGGAAAACUAUCAAAACACGGUGCAGAAAACAGACACUCAGCAAGACAUGGACGGAGAGGAAAAUGUGAAAUCAGACUUCCAGCCAGUUAUCUCAGUGGAUACAGAUCUCUUAAGGCAGCAGAGACGCUACAACUCGCCCCGAGUCCUCCUGAGUGACAACACGCCUCUGGAGCCGCCGCCACUGUACCUCAUGGAGGAUUACAUCGGGAAUUCCGUGGUGGUGAACAGAACCUCCCGGCGGAAGAGGUACGCGGAGCACAAGGGCCACCGGGGGGAAUACUCCGUUUGUGACAGUGAAAGUUUGUGGGUCACGGACAAAUCCUCUGCCAUCGACAUUAGGGGACACCAGGUGACUGUUCUGGGAGAAAUUAAAACAGGCAACUCUCCGGUUAAGCAAUACUUUUACGAAACGAGGUGUAAAGAGGCCAAGCCUGUAAAAAACGGCUGCCGUGGCAUUGAUGACAAGCACUGGAACUCCCAAUGCAAGACAUCCCAAACUUAUGUCAGAGCACUGACUUCAGAAAACAACAAACUGGUGGGCUGGAGGUGGAUAAGGAUAGACACCUCCUGCGUGUGCGCCUUGUCCAGGAAAAUAGGAAGAACAUAGAUCUGCAUCUCUUUGCUAUAUAAAUUAUUACUUUAAAUUAUAUGAUAUGCAUGUAGCAUAUAAAUGUUUAUAUUGUUUUAUAUAUAUUAUAAGUUGACCUUAUUUAUUAAACUUCAGCAAAUCUACAGUAUAUAAGCUUUCUCUCUCAAUAAACAAGAGCAAAGGGUGUGUGCCUCUGCUGUGGCCAACUCCGGGGGUUUUUUUUAAGACUAUGUUUGUGACACUGCUUGUCGGCAGCAUACCGUAACCUUCCUGUAAAAUCUGUGUAAAAUCAGUAUUUUUCAUUCAGUAUUGUCAAACCAGUGACUGUCAUUUAGUAAACUUGUUAAAAAUCAGUUCAAUGCCAAGAGUUGUGUACAUAUUUAUAUUCCCUGCUCUAUAUGUUCAUAUUUAAUUAGAUCCACAGCAUUGACUCCUCACCACCAAAAAGAAAAAUGGACCAAAAUACGUGUUGUAGCCUGCAGACGAUGUCAAAUUUACAGGCAUCAGGUAGCCCUAAAAUAAAGUUUCUGUGUAUUAUGCCAGCUCUGCCGGUGAAAUGACCAUUUUCCCUCUGUUAGCAUUUCAGAAUGGCUGCUAGUAAUCCAGGAUCAUCCUUUUGUGUUUUGGAAGCACAUUUGUUUUGCAACUGUUUCUAAUGCUGCCAGUGCAUCACUGAAAAAAUAUGAAAAAAAUCUGAAAUAUUUGUAGCCAAGAACUUACUGAAGCCAAGAACUAAUGAUCUAAAAUGAUCAUUAAUAUAAUACAUAAAAGAUGGUUUGUUGUGAUCAGCCUCUUCCUCCUCACACAAAUCAAUUAUCUUCUGCUUGCAUUGUUGGAUCAUUCCUCUCUGUCUGAGUUUUUAAAUUAGAAACAAAGCUGGUGGUGUCUUAACCUUAAAAGAGCCCUUGGCUUUCAAAUUGUAGUAAAGAAAGAUACAACAUCCUGGUGUGGAUAUCAAAGCCACAUGCCCAUAUGAAGGCUUCCUUCUCCUCAGCAAUCCAUUCUCCAUCUUUCCCAGGGGGAAAAAUGUGUUGAACUGCUCGAGAAAUCUGGUACCUUUCACAGGAACAUGAAAUGAAUGGUGGCUAAAAUCCAUGAAGUCAGUAGUUAUCCUGAAGUUCCUCAAUUAAGCUGAUGAGUUGUUGCUUAGGACAGACAAAUGUGCUAGCAUGUAUUUACCUCAAACUCUUCUUUGGAUUGUCAUGUAGCUCCACUGGGGACAGGAAUAAAGACACUACUUGAAGAGAUGGCCCAUUACACAUUAGCUGUGCAAUGCCCUGGAUGGGAUCCCACUCCCAUGAAGUAAAUGAGAGUUCAUGGCUAGGAACAGAAUUCAGAUUGGGCUGCAGAUUAUCUGUGUCCAGAGAGACCCAACCCACAGCCAGGGCUGGAAAGUACCAGCUAUUUGAAAAGUUUUACUCUCAGUUAUUUUCUGAGGGUUUUACAGCUACAGCUUUCACUGCCUUAGCGUGUUCAGCAUCACGAAUGAAAAUGAGAUCAGAGCCUCAAACACAAGGUUGCAGGAUACCUUUGCUUGUAGAGCUUUCACUCCUGGAAAACCAGUUUCAAACAUGCAACAGUCCAUGAAAGACAGCAAGCUGUGAGGUCUCCCCUAAUCCCUUACAGAGAGUGCUGCACAGCAUAAAAUCACCAGGGAGCGGGACAGCUUGCCUUGAGGCCAAGCUCUGGAAUAGCUGUGUCUUGGAAAGCCAGGUUGGAGCUCGUGGGUAUUUUCUUCAGAGGAGGCCAGAAGCAAAGCUUUUGAGAAUCAUCUCAACUUUCAGCAUGAGGCCAGGGUAUUUACCUCACAGGAAAUAUCAUCACCUCGCAGCACUAAAUCCUAACUUUGCUUUGAGCAAUAGCAACUUCAGAGGUUCAAUACCAAGGCAGUCAUUAAAACGAGAGGAUGUAAUGUAACAAGGAACCCGGUAUCUGAUAGAUCUGAUUAGAAUAUUUCUCAUUUCUUGGCAAACAUUUAAAAAAAACCCAACCCCACAGAGAUUUUACUUCUUUUCCUGGUAGGAAAGUUUAAGUUUUAACUAAUCUUUUUGGCUUGGGGGAAUAAGCAUAUUUUUCAGAGUUCUGUCCUGCUGGAUUUUUUUUUUGUAAAUUAAAAGCUUGGUUUUACACCCUGACUUUCCAAAUAAAGAUCAUUUGCAGAUGCUGGGAUCAACUGAGAGCUGAUAUUGUCAUGGAUCACUAACUUUAGAGAUCUCCUUUUUUCAGUGUGCCACAUAGGUCGAUCUCCAUGUGAGAAGAGGAGGUAAGAAGACCAAUUUAGCUUGGUGGAAUCCCAUUAAUCAGAAACUACCUUGUUCCUGCAGUGUGGAUGUCACUUUUGUUUACAUCACUGUAAAUCCAGAAAAAAUCUACUGAACACAGGGAAGAAAAUGUAGCUUUAUAACAAUGUUAACAACAUCGGAGUUGAUUCUAAUGCCUUUAUUUCUGCUCACUGAAAAUCAAGGGAGAUUCAUUCUUUAAAGGUUCAAAGAAAGCUAUUUGUCAUUUUCCACUGUAAAUCCAGUAACAGGAACUGGUCUUUGACUCUUGACUUUAACAAGUAUUUUACAAGCAGCCAGCAAAAAUGUCUCAGACUAAAUAUGCCUGUCAUCUGAAACACAUGAGAUGAGAACGGAGCAUGGUGUGUACGGUUAUUAGAACGGCUGCCUCUUUCCCACCCCAGGAAAACAAUGAGCGGAAGUGUUACCCCCUGGAUCUGAUCCAGCUUCCACUAAAGUCAAUGGGAAAAAAAAUCUCACCUUCUCCAGUGGAAGCUGGAUCAGGCCCCAAGCAAAGAAAAACCUGCAGAUGUCGACCAGAGAGCAAAGCAAUCCCACACAUCAGUAACGCGUUCCUGUAAAUCCUGUGUACGCAUAAGAUGCUGUAUAAUUUUGUAACAAGUUUGUAAACAAAGCCUGUAAUAAAUUUGUUAAGGUCUAAUUUUC